AUGGCGGCAGUCGAAGUCACCUACUCUCUUCCGAAGGAUGUCAACGAGAAGAAGCUAGAGGUCCGGACCGGCUCGGACAUUCGCCUCCGUAAAGAGAACCGCGGAGCAGACGUAACAUGGAACGGCACCGACCCCUUCCUUAAGCAGCCUUACUACUACACAGGUGCUCCCUGGACCCUUCUCGCAAGCGACUUGCUCCUGUUCUGCAAGAACAUUGCUUUCCUACCAUGCAUUGUCCUACCACUCUGGUCGCAGCCCCCGGCUCGCUCCUUCAACCUCGGAGUCGACAACCGAUUCAAAGAGCAGCCUCGAUUUCUCGUGAGCCAGCUCCACCGACGCUUCGAAGCAUGGGCUCAACGCUACUUCCACUCUGGACCCAUGGACGAGCUGUACCCCUCUUGGAACAACAUUCGUGACAUCAUUUUCCACUCCAUUCUCAUCGUCACUCAAUCAGCCUUCUUGAUCUCCCUUCCUUUCCUCUCCUUCUUCUCCUUUAACAUCUUUGUUGCCUACGUGGGUCUUUUCAUCGGCAUCAACUAUUUGGCGGGCAUCGGGCUCAAUGGCUGGAUGCCUGAAGGAUUUAUCUGGUCGGCCGACACUCUCGCAGCGCGAGAGUGGGAACUGAAUCACCCCGAGGAAGAGUGGAUUUUCCUCAACGGUGUUGCUGUUGGCAAGAACUGGCUCCAGAGCAACAUUGACCGAAUUUCCGUUACUUUCCAUCGAAGAGUGAAAGGUGUUCACAACAAGACUGCUGGCAUCAUCUUUGAUGUGAUCCAAUGCCUCCUAGAGCGCUGCCUCUAUUUCGGUACCACCGAUACCCGAGUCUGUUUCUCGCACAUUUCCACCGCCCUGCUCAACCAAGACAAGAAGAAAGUCAUCCUCAUUCUCCACUCUCAAGGUGGACUGGAAGGAAGCAUCAUCCUGGACUGGCUCAUCAACCAACACCCCCGUGAAGUCCUGCAAAAGCUUGAGAUCUACACCUUCGGCAACGCCGCGAACCACUUCAACAACCCCCGCACCAAGAGGGACCACGGCAUUCCCAGACCCAAGGGUCGUGCCAUCCGCCACAUCGAGCACUACGCCAACUCGAAAGACUUUGUCUCUCGGUGGGGUGUCCUGCAUUUCAAGAAGCAGACUGCCAAACGAGAUGGACGCUUCCUCGGUCUUGGUGAGAUUGCCGGUCUCAUCUCCGUCAAUAAGAAGACAGAAGUCAUCAAGGCCGUGGGCAAGACUGAGCCGAAGCAGGCGAACCACCUAAGUCCUGACUGGAACGAGUUUGAGGGUGCGCUUAUUGAGCGACCUGGUUCAGGUCAUCAGUUCAACCAGCACUAUCUUGACAACAUCUUUCCUCUUGACACUAAUUUGAGCAAGGUUCAAACAAAUGGAGAUGGUUCGCCCCUCCCGGGCACCUUCAUGGCGUCCCGCACCAAGGUUCACAAUGAUCCUUGGAAGAUUGAUGAGCAGCGCAAUCUCACGAACGGGGUUGAUGGUACUGCUCACCAUUACCUCAACGGUGUGGUUGAAGGACCCAAGGUGUAUGAGAUCAGCCGGCUUUGGAAGUUUGUCAACGGCCGACGACCAGAGGACUACUCUUGA